CCAUAAUUUAUUGAACCGGGUUUUGCAAAUAAAACAGACUGACCGUACAUAGUUGCCCUAAUUAGAAAACAUAAAGAUUUUCUUGCACAACUCAAACCCAACUCAAACUUAGGUGCUCGUCUCCAAUUCAGUUCACACUUGCUAUUAGACAAGAUGGCAAUGACAGAAGAAGAGAUAGCAAGGUUGUUUAGAAUAAGGAAGACAGUGUUGCAGAUGCUGGAUGACAGAGGUUACUUGGUGGGUGAUGCUGAAAAAGAGUUGACUAAGUACCAGUUUCUUCAAAGAUAUGGUGAUAAUAUGAAAAGGGAAGAUCUUGUUAUUAGCAAGACCAAGAAAAAUGACCCCUCUGAUCAGAUUUAUGUGUUCUAUCCCGAGGAGCCAAAGGUUGGUGUAAAGACAAUGAAGACAUAUACUAAUCGUAUGAAAUCAGAAAAUGUUUUUCGAGCUAUCUUGGUUGUCCAGCAAAAUUUGACUCCCUUUGCCCGGACAUGCAUAGCUGAAAUAUCUUCAAAGUUCAACUUAGAGGUCUUCCAGGAGGCAGAGUUGUUAGUUAAUAUUAAAGAGCAUGUUCUAGUUCCUGAACACCAGGUGCUCACAAAAGACGAAAAAAAGACAUUGCUGGAGAGAUAUACUGUAAAGGAAACACAGCUACCCCGUAUUCAGUUGAGCGAUCCAGUAGCCAGGUACUACGGUUUACAACGUGGUCAAGUUGUGAAAAUCAUCCGGCCUAGUGAGACUGCAGGGCGUUAUGUUACCUACCGUUAUGUUGUCUAAAUUCGUCACUGGGCCAGCUAAUGUACUGAUAAUACGAAGACUUUGUUUGAGUUGGUUUGAUUUGGAAGUCCGGUUCUACACAAUAGUGGAGGAAGCAAUCAACCUGAUGGUUAAAGUCGGAGCCUGUAAAAAAAAGAGACAGAAGUUCGCAAAUGUAUCUGAAUGGUGCUUGUGUGUUCCAAUAAUACCCUUGUGCUAGAUACCCAUAUUUCAAUUGAUUGGAAAUCUUGAACCCAUUCUUCAACUCAUUGCAGUAAUUCUUGUAUUGAAGUACAAUAACAUUUCCAGUUUUUUGUUGUGUUGAACAAUGUUCCAUUUGAGUUUUGAGUUCAACAUUUGAUGGCAUAUAUUCAGUGUGCUAAUAUUUAUUUAUUUAUUA